AUGAUGGAGUCUGAAGGCGUCGUACAGCCUGAAAAGAUUCAUUCUGCGAUGGAGAACGAGGAGAGUUCGAAUCCCGGGAAUGGUCAACUAUGUAAUACGAAAGAGGACACCGCCAGCAGUAAUGAAAACACGAACGAUCCUUUCAAGAAACCGGCUAUUUCCGUGCCCCCAUCCUUCUCGAUGAAGAAAUCAGAUGGGUCAGAUUCGGUAAAGAGACCAGCAAAAGACCCAAACAGCUCCAAAGCAAAAAACAGCGAUCGCGUUAUUGAACAUGCCCAAUCAGCUUCACAUGGGAAAUCCACAAAACCAGACCAAACUAAUAUUCCAUCAGACGAGAGUUUAGACAAACCGAAGCUCGGUGUAGAUAAGAUAACUAACGUCAUUCCUCUCAAACCCAACGACAUCAGACCCCAAAUCCCUGUCAGAUUACUCCAGUCGGGUAAAUUCCCUCCAUUGCCGUACACGGAGCCACCGUGGGGAUCUAUUCCUGACGUCUCUUAUUCGUUUGAACUGCUUAAAAACGGCUCUAUUUUAGACACGGUGCAUCUGUCUCAAAGGAGUUAUUUUGUGGUGGGUCGUCUGCCGGUGUGUGAUGUGUCUUUGGAGCAUCCGUCCAUUUCCCGCUAUCAUGCUGUGCUGCAGUACCGGGGCCGAGUGGGGCAAGACGGGGAAGUGGGAGAGGAGAGGGGCUUCUAUGUCUAUGAUCUGGGCAGUACUCAUGGGACCUUUGUCAAUAAGAGAAAGAUACCACCUAAAACAUAUAUGAGGCUCCGCGUGGGACACGUGCUGAAGUUUGGCGGAAGCACCAGACUCUUUAUACUGCAGGGUCCGGAGUUUGACGAAGAAGCAGAAUCAGAACUGACGGUAACAGAGCUCAGAGAGCAGGCAAGGAAACACAGAGAAGAGCUUGAAAAAAGGAUGAUGGGUGAUGGCUCCGAUAAUGAUGAUGAGGAGGAGAAAGAGGAGACUCAAGCCAGUGCUUCAGGGAGAAGCUCUUCAGAAGAUGCUGGUUGCUUGUGGGGAAUGGCUGAAGAGGCAGUGCCUGAAGAGGAUGAAAAUGAAGAGAAUCCUUUUGCUGCUGAGUUUCACGAGGAUCAGGAAGCAGCGUACCUUAAAGAUCCUAAAAAAGCCCUACAGGGCUUCUAUGACAGAGAAGGAGAAGAACUAGAGUUUGAAUAUGAAGAAAAAGGACACGGCACCUGGCUCUGCAGAAUUAAAUUGCCUGUGGAUGAUGCAGUGGGCAAGCAGCUAGUGGCUGAGGUGACACACUCGGGGAAAAAGAAAGAAGCAGCUAUCCAGUGCUGUUUAGAGGCCUGCCGCAUCCUAGAGGCCCGUGGUCUUCUGAGACAGGAGGCUGUCUCUCGGAAGCGCAAGAAGAAGAACUGGGAGGAUGAAGAUUUUUAUGACAGUGAUGAUGACACGUUCCUAGACCGGACUGGUGCAGUAGAACGGAAGAGGUCAGAGCGUAUGAAGAAGGCUGGAAAAAUUCAGGAGCAGCCUGAUACCUAUAAAUCACUGCUAGCCAAACUGACUGAGGUUGAGAAAGAGCUGGCUGAAACGGAGAAGAGGCUAAGUUCUUCUGAUAAAGGAAGUUCCAGCUCUUCCUUAGAGGACCCUCUUGAUGCGUUCAUGAGUGUUGUACGUAGCACGGUAGCUCUGGAUGGUGUAGAAAGAAAAAAACUACAUUUACAUGUGGCUGAGCUGAAGAAGGAGGGUCAGAGACUACGAAAACUGGUGGAGCUGACCAGACCUACCCAACUGCCUUCACUGCAGCCCAGUGGAUCUAGCAGUGAGUCUGCAGAAAAAGUAAAGAAGUUAUCUUUACCUAUGUUUGGAGCUAUUAAGGGAGGAGGUAGAUUCAAAUUGAAGACUGGAACUAUAGGAAAUUUGCCCCCAAAGCGAGCCAGUCUGCCCCCUGAGCUUUUCAACAUGAAGGAACUUCCCUCUGGUGGUGUAGAAGAGGAGGAGGAGGAGGAAGAGGAAGAAGAAAAUAAAUAUGAGAAGACAGAGGACACAGACGCUGAUGAUAAUAAUAUGGAGGUUAUUCAGUCUGCAGAGAUGGACAACACAGAACACUCCAAUGGCAAUAUCCCCGAAACUCGCACACACUGCCCUAACGAAAUGAAAGACAAUGAAGGCCAGACUGGUGAAGUAGUGUCAUCUCAUGAAAAACAGAAGGCCAGAUCUCUUGAUCUUCACAGCAAAAGUGCCUCUCCAUCAAAAGAAGGAUGUGACAACAGCAGUUCUAUUGUCAAGAGUCCAAAGACAAGUAUGAAGAAAACAGUCUUUGGCCCAAGCAGGCCACCUGCAACCAUGUCCAAGGAUUACCCAGAAGAUGAUCCCGACUACUGUGUCUGGGUUCCUCCAGCAGAUCAGACUGGUGAUGGUAGGACACAUCUGAAUGAAAAGUAUGGCUACUGAGCUUAGAAAGGGAAGGCCCCCAUCACUAAAAUGGAGGUCAACUCUUCAUCUCACCCCUGAAAGGAUGCAUCAUAUUGAUCUUCAUACCUCACAUUAACACAUUUUUACAAGUUGCUCAGAUGAGCUUGAGAUGUUUCUAGCUCUUGUUAAUGGAAACUGGUUUUAAGCAUGUUUGUUUUCUGAAUUGAACUUACCUUCUCAAAAAUUAACAUGCUUAAGUGAGCUUUGUGUACAUCUAUUGCUCUGUUCUGAGUCACUAUCAGAGCCACCCUGGACUUCCUCCUCAGUUUGGCAGUGGUGCCACAUGCCAUAUGGCAAGGUCCUACUGAGCUCCCCUUUGUUGACUGUUAACGAUAACUCUUUAUAGGGGGCUUUAUCAGCAAUCUGGACUCUUGCUUGGGAUUAGGUGUUAGGAGCAAGCUGUUAUUGAAUCAGUCUUUGUAUGUUCAGGAAAAAGAGAGUGAGCUUAGUGUAUAGUUUACCUAUUAGUAUUUUAUUUUAACUUAAUGAGGAGUGACUCACUAUAAAAACGUUAUUUGUGUGAAGGUGUGUUUAAGAAAGAAUUCUGUCCCUCCAUAUACGUCACUGUAGCCCAGUCUCUCUAGUUAUCAAAACCUAUUGCUCCUUAAUUCUCUAUUUUCUGGAGAGUAGGAUUCCAUACAAAUUGUGUAUUUUGUUACUUGUCUUUUGUAAAAUAAACAUGUAUGCACUUUU